AUGCACUUCUCCCUGAACAAUCCGCGCAAGGGCAAUCGUCUCGCGCUGCAGCGCGCGCGCGACGCCCGCAAAGCCGCGCGCGACGCCGCGGAAGUCGAAGCCGUGCUCGAGACGUUUCAGAACGAAUUCGGCGACGGCGACGACGACGACGAGGAUGGACGAGCGAACGCCGUGACUUUCGUGCGCGGAGGGUUACAACGACCGGACGCGCGCGACGGCGUCGACGACGAGGGCGUCGGGGAGGUGUACGCGCUCGGCGCUCGCGACGGACCGGCGCCGGCGGCGAAACGCAAAGGCGCCGACGCCGAGAACGACGUCGAAGCCGGACCGAGCGCGCCGCGCGGGAAGAAGAAGCUCAAAGCGAUCGAUGCGAUGCUGGAGGAAUUCGCGGCCAAGGCGCCGGUGGUGCCGGAAGCGUCGGCGCGCUCGGAGCCGGCGUCGACGUCGGAGCGCGUCGAACCGGCGACGGCGACGGACGCCUCGCGAAGCUCAAACGUGCGAAUCACAAAUCUACCCGUAGACGUCGCCGCCGUUGACCUGGCGCGAGCGUUUGAGCGGUACGGCCCGAUCGCGAGCGUAAAAAUUUGGCGGCCGAGUAAGGAGAGCCGCGAGACGUCGAAUAGCGGAUACGUGUGCUUCAUGUCGCGAACGAGCGCGGAGCGCGCGGUGGACGAGAUGCACGACGCGCUACUUUUCGGCAACACGGUAAAUGUUGUCAUAUCCAUGGCGAUGAGGAUUCCACAACACGCGAUGUGGCCGACGACGUUGCACGCGAAUGAGGCGGCGGAACUUUUGGCCCGCGCGCCCGCGGAAGUGCUUGGUGACAUUCCGUGGAGCGUGGCGCCGACGGCGACGAGUGAUACGUCGGACGAAGCGGACGUUGUCGUGCAAAUUCCAGAUGAUGAAGAUCUCAAGAGGCGCAUAGACAUAACUGCGGCGUACGUCGCAGAGGAUGGCGAAGUAUUUGAGCGCGCUUUAAAGGCUCGAGAGGCUACGAACGAAGAGUAUCGGUUUUUGUUCGACGAAUGUUCCCAAGCCCACGCGUACUACGCGUGGCGCGUGUUCGCGUUUGCACAGAGCGACGCGUUAGAGACGUGGCGAACCGAGCCGUUCGUGAUGAUUCGUGACGGUGCGCGAUGGAUCCCGCCGCCCCUGGACGAGACGCAAGCCUCGCGACUAGAGAAUCGUGUUGGUCGAUCGUCGAAACGCGCGGCGAUGAAGCUCUCUACGGCGGAUCGCAAGAGUCUGGUUGAGAUACUUCAGCACAUCACCGUCGCACGGGACGACAUUCGCGAUGCGAUGGAGUUCGCCGUCGAGCGCGCCGAGUGCGCCGCCGAUGUCGUCGACGUCAUCGCGACGUCGCUUUGCAACCUCGAAACCCCUCGUCAAACGAUGACCGCACGCCUGUACGUCGUUUCAGAUUUACUUCAUAACUGUGCCGCACCGGUCAAGGGCGUGCAAGCGUACCGCGCGCUCUUCAUCAGCGCGCUUCCGAGCGUCUUCGAGCGCCUCGAGCUGUACCUCGAGGCCGCUUCGUCCUCAGCCUCGCGGCGCGCCUUCAAGCGCGACGUCCUCGCCACGCUCCGCGCGUGGAGCGACUGGUGCGCGUUCACCGACGAUUUCAUCAUUCGUCUUCGCGGCUCGGCGUUCGCCGUCGACGAUUGA